GUGCAGAGCUCGAGUUUUGUAAAGUCUUAAAUACAGAUGGGGAGGUCGACAUAGCUGAGCUGGGAAUGGGUAGCAGAGGGAAUCCUGUUAGAGCUCACUCUUAAGGCCAGAUUUGCUUUUGAGGGCAAACAAAGAUUUUCUGGCAGUUGAGGGUCCCUGAGUAUCACUGCAGUGCAAUCAGCCUAAUCUGAUCAUUUCUCCGCGAUGCUGAUGCCCUCAGGAGGUGGAGGGGUUUGAAGUUGGAAUGGCAGUUCUCAGACUGAUAAUGACUUUGCCUCUGGUGGCUGAAGGAAUCAUACUUGAGUCUGAAAACUCAGGUUCAGGUCAUGACUCUACUAGUGACUUGCUUUGUGACCUUGAGCAAGUUAUUUCCUUGGGUCUUAACUUUACAGUGUGGUUGUGAAGAUGAAGUAACAUAAAUUAUGUAAAGCUCUUGGCAUAUUAUAUGUUCUCAACAAAUGGUGGCUGCUAAUAUAAAUUGAGCUAGAUUUGACCUGUCACUCCAGCUCAUCAAGAUAUAUUCCAGUUCUGUCAUCUAAAACAUUUGUUCUGCAUCCCUCUCAGCUUUGUGUCAUUUAAGAAUUUGAGUCAAACAUGUUCCCUAGGGCAAGCUGAAACUCCAUUCACUGGAAAAAUACAUCAAAACCAUAGUAUUAUGUUUUCCAGUGAGAGGCUUAAUAUGUUGCCUUUUUCAUCUCUAGGUAACUCAGUAGAAGAAAAGAUUUUUUCCUAUCAUUCUUGAUGGAAAGAUUGUGAGAAGGCCGUUUUAACUGAUCUUGGAUACAAGUGUUCCCUGAUGAUAUCCCCAAGAGAUCAUCACUAUGGCUCCCUCCCAUCUGCCCCCAGAGUAAACUCCAUUUCCAGUCUUUUCACCUUUUAUUCUGCUCUCCCAACUCUGUAUUCUAGACACAGUGGGCUGCUCACUUUAAAAAAAAAAAAAUGUGUAAAGGUGCAUGGAAUGUGAAUUUCUGAGAAGUUGUAAACCUGAAAAUAUCUUUAUUCUAGUCUCAUACUUGAUUGAUAACUUGAAUUCUAAGUUGGAAGCCAUUUUUCUUCAGAAACUUUAAGGUAUUGCUCCAUUUUCUUGUUUUCAUUGUGGUUGUGGAAGUUGGAAGGAUUCUGAUUUCUAAUUCUUUAUAUGUAGGCUGCUUGUUUGUUUUUCCCCUCUCUGUUGGCUUAUACUAUCUUUCUUUGUCUAAAAUUUUUGGAAAUUUUGGAACGAUGUGCUUGCUGUGCUGGGCCCUUUCAACCUGAGAACCUGCAUCCUUCAGUUCUUGGAAAUUUUAUUGAAUUAUUUUGUUAUGUUUUCUCUUUUUUCUUUUCUUUCUUUCUUGGGAAUUUCUCUUAUUCAAAUAUUGGAUCUCCCAUACUGAUCCUUUAGAAUAUUCUUAACUCUUCUCUCCUGUUUUCUGUAUCUUUGUCUUUUUAUUUUACUCUCUGGGAGAUUUCCUCAACUUUAUCUCUCAGUCCUUUUUUUGUUAAGUUUUUCAUGUCAGCUAUUACAGUGUCAAUUUCUAAGAGCUCUUUUUUUGUUCUCUGAGUCUUACCUUUUAAUCAUAUUAUAUUUUUUGUUCCAUGGAUGCAGUUUUAUUUCCUUUUUGGGAGAAUAUUAAUGGUAUUGUCCCCCUGCAUAGUUUCUGUUUCCUUCAUAUUGCUUUUGUGUUUGCUGUGGUCCAUAUCUCCUUAAGAGGCUUUCCUAAGAUGUCACUCUGAAUGUGAUCCUUGACUGUUGCUUCGGAUUAAGAGUGGAGGAGAUAAAAGGCUGUCAAGACCUUUAAAUCAAGCUGUGUAAAUGAGUAUGGAAGAUUAUGAUUUCCUGUUCAAAAUUGUUUUAAUUGGCAAUGCUGGUGUGGGGAAGACGUGCCUAGUCCGACGAUUCACUCAGGGUCUUUUCCCCCCAGGUCAAGGAGCCACAAUUGGAGUUGAUUUUAUGAUUAAAACUGUGGAGAUUAAUGGUGAAAAAGUAAAGCUACAGAUCUGGGACACAGCAGGUCAAGAGAGAUUUCGGUCCAUUACCCAGAGUUACUAUCGAAGCGCCAAUGCCUUGAUCCUCACCUAUGACAUAACCUGUGAGGAAUCUUUCCGUUGCCUUCCUGAGUGGCUGCGGGAAAUCGAGCAGUAUGCCAGCAACAAGGUUAUCACUGUGCUAGUGGGCAACAAGAUUGAUCUGGCUGAAAGGAGAGAGGUCUCCCAGCAGAGAGCUGAAGAAUUCUCAGAAGCUCAGGACAUGUAUUAUCUGGAGACCUCAGCCAAGGAAUCUGACAAUGUGGAGAAACUCUUCCUUGACUUAGCAUGUCGACUCAUCAGUGAAGCCAGGCAGAACACACUUGUGAACAAUGUAUCCUCACCCUUACCUGGAGAAGGGAAAAGCAUCAGCUAUUUGACUUGUUGUAAUUUCAAUUAAAGGCUGAGGCAAGCGGAAGAAAAAGGAUCCACAGCUGCCCUGAUGGGCCACAAAUUGCUGGGAAGAUCUGGUGAUAACUGUGGCUCCUGCUCUCGGAUCUUCAGACUCCUGUGGGCUCCAGAGCUUACAAAGCAUGGCAGGCCAAGGGCCUGGUCCACAGGCCAGCAUUAGCAGAACAUAUAAUGGUUUCGCCCUUUUGCAGUCUGCAGUUGGAGCAAGGAGAAAAUUGCACUAGGCGCUCCAUGAUCUGCAGAGCAUGUUGCUUUUGUUUUUUUAAAAAGCAAGUAAAAGCGCAUUCCUGAAUACAAUCCAGGGGGAAAUGUACUGUAGGGAUCCCUCCUGCACGCCAGGGUGCAUGUGGGGCUGUUCUUUAGGGCUUCAGUGGGCCUGGUUUUCUUGUCUACCAUAUAAACCAAAACUGAGGUCAAGUACUGUCUCUGUGGUACGUGUUGAUGACCCCAUGGAGAUUUUGCAAAGUGUUAUUUCUCUUGUCCACAGGCACUUUCAAGAACUUCGGGAUGUAAAAAUGAAAUGAAAUCUUUACCCAUGACCAACAGUAACAAUCAUUGUUUUAAUAAUAUACACAAACUCCACGACUCCUUUUGGUGCUAAUGGUUCCGCUAUUUCACAGACCAAACGAUUUAGUACGUUGAUUUCCUUAAAUGGGGGAAGUCCAUGAAUCAGCACCCUUUAUCAAAGUCUCAUUACUACCUUGUCCAGGGUGGAUUUGUUAGAAAAGGGAAUACUUUUCCUUUCGUGUUUCCCUCUAAAUAUCUACCAUUUUCUUUUUCAAUUCUCUUAUCUUUCCUGCCCUUUAAGUAAAUGAGUUUGAAAAAUGGAAAAAAAAAAAAAAAAAAAGAAUGGAAAAGAAUAGCACUAAGACAUUAUGAGUAGUAUGAGAAAACUGACCUGAUCUGACCAGAAUACUGUGGCUUAAUGGACUGCAAUGCAGGGUUCCUAGCAGAGCAGUCCGUCCUAUCAGAUCACAUCUUUUACUUCCUGGUCCUAUCCAUCUUGGACAGACCAAGGCUUAGGAUAUUUUUUACAUGUUUUUAGUAUGAUGUUAAGUGAGAAUAGCAACAAAUGAGAAGUCUCAUGAACAUUUUUGCAUCUUCAGUAUCACUUUAGAAAAAUUCUGCUUGUGGACGCAGGUUGAGCUGCCAUUUGUCACCUCCUUCAUGCAGUAAUGUUACUCUCAAAUUCAUGACCCAUACAUUUUCCCGUUUUCUUUUUCUCUCUCACUCCAUCUCCCGUUUUCCUCCUUUUCUUCUUCCCUUUUUCCCUCUUCCAUCCUUCCUUCCUUAUAUGCAUGUUACUGUCGAUCUCCAAUUCAAAUGGAGAUGUAUACUUGCCUUUACUUAGCCAACUUUCGAACAGCACUCAAAAUGGAAGACAUUGCUGAAUAUGUGUUACUGUUUCUUCAGUGCCAUAGUUUGAUACCUUCCAAUUUGUUCACUGAUAUAAAUGCAAAUUGGGAAAAUAAUUAAACCUGUAUGCUGUUGAUGCUGUCAGGUGUUUCUGUAGCUUGCUGCUUAGCAUAAUGGAAGGAUGAGUGAUGGAAAAAGGGUAUGAAAUGCUAUUCCACUGUUGCUGUAGAUGGUGACAGUCUCAGUCCUAAUGUGAUGAUGUUUGAAAGCUAUUUAAUUUUAAAGAAAUGAGUCCUGUAGAGACAUGAUAUUGAUAAAACAUUGCUAUAAUUUCUCUAGCAGGUUUCAGAGUUACCAAUCUCUUGCACAUGGGGACUGUAUAUAUUGUUUAGAGGUUGAUACUUUUGGUUUGUCCUGAUUCUGUGGGUAAGAGAAAGGCAUCCCAGGAAUUUGAAUUGUUUUUAUUUUAGAAUCUGUUUCCACAGGAAAGAAAAAUCAUUUUAAUAAAAACCAACCAAAAUAAUUUAUAAUAAUUGUUGCCUUUUCCAUCCCAUCUGUCAGCAACUAAAGGUACUUAGGGAACAAGUUGAUCAAAGUGAGCAGAAAAACAUUUUAAACUGUGAGGAAGUGUUCCUAUGUUUAGAUUUGUUACCUUUCAUUCAGGCACAAAUCCAAUGCCCUCAGCACAGCAUGACCUAACUUGUGUCUCACAGCAGCAAGUGUGUUGAAAAUGAAGUUGUUUUGUGAAUUUAGGGGAAAGGGCUUUGUUGGGUGGGACAGAUUUAAUUGCAAAAUAACAGCUUCUGGGGACACACUUGUAUUCUGACAUUCUUAUUCCCUAGGGCUCAGCCUUCUUAUUGUACCUUUGUUUGGCCAAACUCAGAGAUGGUUAGAAAUUCUGCUUUUGGCCCCUUUCUUCCCCUGUUACUCCCCUAGCUUUCUGUAGCUUACAGUCAUCUUUCCAUGGCCCAUCAGCAGGGACACAUGAGAAUGAGGCUUUGCUUCUUUUUCUUCCAAUCGUGUGAAUUUCCAGGUUAAACCUUGUUGACUCUUGUUCACUGAUGUAUCUCAAGCUGAAGAACAGUUCUUGGCAAUACUGUAGCUGCUCAAUAAAUAUUAACUGAAUAAAUGACUUGGUGCCAAGAGGAGCUUUUCUGGUUAAAUAGAAAUUCCUUCAAAUAGAACUUGAGAAAGGGCACUAAUUAAAUACGGUAAUCUUAGUCCAGAUCAGGAUUUAAACUUGUUGGUUUGUCUAAUAGUUCUCAUUGUCAUGGGAAUAUUUGUCAAGAUGAACCUUCAUUGGAUAAAAAUGAGUUCUCAUUUAAUGGUGGAUGAAAAAGAGAGUUGCUUCCUCAUAAUUUAGUUUGGUGUGGUCUACCCGAGUUCAAUUUUUCCAUUUUUGAGGUGAUCUUUUUUUCUUUUAAAUGAAGUUAUUAAACAUAUAGAAACACUUUUUAAAAUCUCCAGUGAAAAUGCGUCAUAUUCAUGCUAUGGAGUGAGGUUUGGGAGGAUCUGUGAAAUCAUAUAAUUUGCCGAUAUUAAUGAUAUUUUAUUACGGCUUUGUGUAGACUGUAUCCUCAAAAGAUCUUUUGCUUUCUCUCUUGCCUAUGCAAGGCUGACUUCUUUGUAUGCUUUUAUUAAACCUAUUGAUUAUAUUAACUUUUAAUUUUUAAUUAUAUAGAGCUAAUUAUCCUUUCUGUGGGUUACUUAGGCCAUUGACUUUUCCUGGCCUUUCCUUUUCCCUGUCUUUUAGACAUUUCACAUUAGCAUCUCUCCCUGAGUUAAGAAACAAGAAAAUAACAAAAGAUGAAAGUCAAGUGAAUUAUUUGACAACUUGUUAAGUUUUGAUUUAGAGUUUGGUAAGAAAGGAAGUGGAAACCACUGCCCAAAAUAAUAUAUCUGGAUUAGGAUUAUUUAAGCAAUUUAGACUUUUGGAGGGAGGUGGCAGAUUUUACAGAGAACUGGAUUCUUCUUUCUGUUCAGAAAUGCAUGCCUUCAGGAGACACUGAUGACUUGCACAGUAUUAGAUCAAUGACUUGCCUCAUUUACCUUUUAAACUAUUUCAUAAUUCCUCCAGGUUCAGCAUCAAGUUUCUGUUAAUGAAUUGUUCUGAAUAAAUGUUAGUUGCAAGUGCUUUUGCAUUAGUCUUCUGAGUAAAGUGAAAACUUCUUUUUUAUAAACCAAGUCACAUGAAUGAGAUAUCAUAUUUUUAUAAUCAGAAAAAACUGUUUCAUUUUUUUUCCACGUAUCAAACCAGUGGCUUUAAAGAUAGGUAUUUUCUAUUUCUUAGUCUUCUGGAACUCUGUGUAUUUAAUGUCAAAUACUUAGGGAUCACUGCUCUAUUAGCCUCUAGCAGAGGUCUUCUAGGUUUUGCCUUUUCUUUUUUCUAGAAUUAUUUCUUAACUGCAACUGGUUAUUUUCUUUCCUUAACCAUGCUCCUGACAUGUAUUUUUAAGGCAACUAUAUUAAUACUUGUGAGACCUAAUUAGAAAAUUUAAAACAGUGAAAAAAACAUUUCCAUUUAUCUUUCAGACAAAAAUGUAUUCCACAUAAAAACUAAGGUUGAACUCUAAUUUUGGGGAUAAGGGACGGCUGGUUUUAUUUCUUUCAUCUUUUUGGAUUUCAUUUCUGUGGCAUGAGUCUAUUUAUGUUUGGAAGGAAAGCUGCCUGCAUACUGGGUAGAGAAGCAUACUGAAUUAAAUCCCUACAAAUAGCUAACUAAUUCUGAUGGCAAAACAAGGGACAAGGCACUUCAUUUCCUUUCCUGAGUCCCACAAUGUUGGAAUGUUACAAUCAUUUCUGGGAGCCAUCUUUGAAAAUAAAGACAAAUUGAGGAAUAACCAGCAUGGCAAUGAAAUUUAAAAUUUAAGAUAUUUGAAGAACGCUUGAGGGACUUUGGGAGAUUUAGUCUGGGAAAGAGAGGGGAUUGCAAUUUGUGUUUACAUAUUUGAAGCCAACUGCAAGACUUUCUGUGGUCCAAAGGAGUAGAAUGAGAUCCAGUGAAUAGAGGUUAAGGAGCCACAGAUUUGAGUGCCAUAUUAGAAAAGCUGGCCCACAAGACGAGAGUGCUUCAGGUAGUAAGUACCCUGUCACUGGUGUUCAAGCAAAAGCUAGAUAAGCACUUGGCAAAGACCAUGUGGGGAAGGUCCAAGCAUUGGUUGGGGGUUGGACAGAUGACCUAUUAACUUAAAAUUCUAUGUCAUAGUACUGUGCCUCUUAUAACAUGUUCAAUUAAAUAUUUAUUGACCUUCACCUAAUGAUUUUUUUUUUUACAAAAGCUUUGCUCUUCUGCUAAAAAGGCAUCCCACACUCUAGGGAAGAGGUUGAUUACACGUCUGUUAGGCCAAAAGAUUGGCCUGUCAUUAUGAUGGGAUUGCUUUGUCAGUUCAUUAAUUGAUAUCCUGUUGAAAUUGCAACUGGUUCUUGAUUUUUACUUUAAAAAGGUAUUGUUUUAAUGGAAGUUGCAUAAAACUACAGAAAUUAUUCAUUCAUCACUUCCCAAACUCAGGCUAUGCUCAAUUUAGUGAAUAUGGGAGCCUCUUAGGGAUUUCAGGGUAGGUCUUUUUAGCAGAGCAGAAUCUUCAGUUAAAGAUCCCACCAAAAUUCCAACAUGAAUUUUUACAGCUCCCAUGAGAGAGGCACUGGUGGGUUAGUGUGGCACAAAGCAGCCCCCAGGAUCUAUUUUGGAAGAAUCUUAAAUGACAUUUGGUUAAUUGGUUUGAUUGUCUUGAGAAAACAUGAUCUGAAAAUGAUUUAAAAAUAACCGAGGCCAAAAUGCUUCAUAUAGAAAGUAAUAAGACACAACUCUUUGAUUUGAAAGUCAGAGAUAACUAUAAGCAACUUUUGGUAAUAAAAGCCUAUGACCCAAAUAAUUCCAUCUGCAAAACAGCUUGCACCAUUGCCAGGCUGAUAGAUAACUACACUGAUCUUUUAAAAAAUGUCAUUGAUCUUGCAUCAGGAUGGUGAAAGAUUUUCUUUUAAUCUUUGAAUGAGAGGUCAGAGCACAAAAGCUAGCCACCAGUUCUUCCUUAAUUGACUUCCUGAUUUGUAUGAGUCAAAAUUAUACUCUCCCACCGGGUUAAAGCAGAAUUUUUGGAGAUGCUGUGUUCUAGUUCCUGAUGGAGUCCUUGAUGGGUGAUGACUUGGACACUUCACAGAGUGAUGGUAACACCAUAUACAAGGGAGAACAUUAGGUUAGAUGUGAGGAGUCCUCAUACUGCCACUAUUAGCUGUGACAUUAGGCAAAGCACAAUCUCCUUGAGGAUCAGUUUCUUGGUAAAUAGAAAGCGAUCAAAUAUUAGUUCUUUUCUCCUUUACUAAGAGCAGACUUUGGGUGGUGUGGUAAUAGAUCACAAAGGGAGAAAUAAUUCUUGACUUCAGAAAAAAGAGCUCCAUUUUUGAAAGGAUGCCUUAAAUGGAAGUCACUUAUUUGAUCCAUCUUUCUGCCUUUCGGGCACUAUUGUACACAAGACAUACUCUAUUUCUUCAUAUACUUCAGAAAAGGUAUUCUCUCCUCUGAAAGGCAAUCCCAGAGUUGUCAACUCCUCAUUACCAGGAAACUUAACCUUAGAACUGAAAUACCUCACAGUGCAUUUUAAACCUUUUUCUUCUCAAUCCCAUUCUCAGUGGUAAGAAAAGUGGGUUGACACACAUCUUCUUUUUAAGGGGCCACUUUUGUCAUUUAUUAUUGCCCAUUUGCCUCAUGUUCAUAUAUAUAUAUAUAUAUAUAUAUAUAUAUAUAUAUAUAUGUAUUCAUUCAUUCAGAAAAACUCAUUAAGGUGAUAAUUAUUAUUCCCUUGGUGAAUGUCAGGACAGGUUUAUUCUCAGCUUCUUAUUGGUAUCAGAUCAUAAUUUUACCAUUGAUUAACUCUUCAGUUACAUAUAUAUUUUUCUUCUUUAGUUAUAAAAUACAAUUGAUAACAAAGUGUGUUUCUGAAGAACUAUUCUGGUCAUGUAGCCUGUUCCCUCCUUUUGGUAAAAAUGGAGUCAUGAAUCCCAAUUUUGUGAUCUGCUUUUAGAAUUUAAUUUCAAAUAUUAUGUUAUUUGAUGAAUAUAAUUGCCGAUAUCCAAAUUAACAUGGUUUCUUUCCAUUUCUACAUGUGCACUAAAUUCUGAAAUAAAAAUUGAAGUACCAAAUUGCCUAAUAAAGCAAAAAUUCAUGUACAGAAUAACAGAAGAUAAGAAUGUGAUCUGUUAGGAUGAUUUGUCAUUGGCUGGUUUAAUGGUGCACAGCUUUUAAGUUACGCAGUUAUGCCUGGAUUAAAUAAUGGUAAAAUUUCACAAGCCCUCUGAAAAACAGCUGCUAAACAUAUUGCUUUCUGGAAUGUAAUCAGUAGUAGUAAAUAUUGUCUUGUUUUAUACAACUUCAGGAUGCUAGUAGAGCUUUCUAAAUUAAAAAAAAAAAAAAAAUCCUCAUAUCCCUUUAUGGCAUGUUGGAGUUUUAAGGU